AUACUUUUCUUUGGAAAGAUUCCCAGACGAAAGGUUGCAAAUUUAAAAUUAGAUGCUCUGUUUUUUGCUAACACAAGAGUGUAAAAAUAACAGAACAGAAGUGGGGGAAGCCGCUCCCAUGGUUGACCUGAUCAUUUUGAACGAAGAACAGCUGCGAAAGCUUGCUACCGUGGUUUACUACAGGGAAGUAGCCGCAAUCAAAAGCAUCCAAUUUGGUUCAUAACAGGAACGCGUGAAAUACCUUAGAGAUUGCAGGAGUAACCACGAAUCCAUAAUGGGGCUUUUGGACGCCGGUAUCGGAUUGAAGGAUGGAUUUCAGGAUGAUGAGGUUAAGGAUCCAAUUGCUCAUGACGUCUUCUCUUACGUCAAAAGCUGCGUCAACAGUGCACUUCAGACGGUCCGGUACUACGCUCUACGAAUGAACUCUCUGAAGAAGAUCGAGGAACACAGUAACAUUCUGAUGGAUGCAGUGUGGAUGCUGGACCCGAAUAACUUGGAGAGCGUCAAGGGACUGGCGAUGGAAGCAGUGCAGUACAAAAAUGCUAAGUUGGAGUAUACCAGGAAGCAUCAGAGCGGAGCUGAUAGAGACUAUCCCAAAGCUCUCCUUGAUGGCGUCGAUGUUGCUGGACUCGUUGGAAUCUUGCGCCAAUUAGGCGAUCUCGCUGACAUUGUAUCAGACAAAGAUCCAAGGUUUACUGCAAGAUUUUGGAGAUCCUUCCAGAAAGCCAUGGGAACUCAAUUGAAAUUAAGCACAGCAUACCACCCACAAACCGAUGGGCAGUCUAAGAGGACUAUUCAAGUGCUCGAAGACAUGCUAAGAGCGUGUGCAUUAGAUUUGCCUGAGAGUUGGGAUGAUCAUCUUCCAUUGGUAGAGUUUGCUUAUAAUAAUAGCUAUCAUUCCAGUAUCAAAAUGGCACCUUAUGAGGCUCUUUAUGGCAGGAGAUGUAGAACUCCAAUUUGUUGGGCAAAAGUUGGUUAUGGAAGGGUAAUGGGGCCUGAUUUUGUGCAGCAAACAACAGAAAAGGUGAAAUUAAUUCAGCAAAGGCUUAAAGUGGCUCAAGACAGACAAAAGAGUUAUGCAGACAAUAGAAGGAGACCUCUGGAAUGGAGAUUAUGUAUUUUUGAAGAUGAAGUGGCUUACAGGAUUGCAUUGCCUCCAGAAUUAUCAAAUGUGCAUAAUGUAUUUCAUGUGUCGGUUUUGAGGAAGUAUGAGCCAGAUCCUUCACAUGUCAUAAACUAUGAACCAUUGGAGUUGAAGGAAGAUUUGAGUUACACCAAACAGCCAAUACAGAUUUUGGAUAGGAAAGAAAAAGUUUUGAGGAACAAGACUGUGUCCUUAGUGAAAGUGUUGUGGCGGCAUCAUUCUGAGAAUGAAGCUACAUGGGAACUUGAAAGUCAGAUGAGGGGGUAGUAUCCAAAUCUAUUUUGAUCAGUAGAUCGAGGUAGCAACCUCUCGGUUUAUGAGCUUUUGGCAUGGGACUCACAUGCUCAUUGUAUGUACAAGCUAGGGCCUCGUGUUUUCGAUAGGGAGGCAGAUCAAUGUGUUACCAAAACAAUGACUCAGCUUUUUUUUUUUUGAAAAGCUUUGGAGAAGAAUUUGCUUCAUAUAAUUUUUGUGUAAAUUACCUUUAUGUAUAAAAAACUUUAAAUUAA